AUGAUCAAGAACCAACGAUGGCUGAACGGACCUGAUUUCCUGUUGAAGGAAGAACAACACUGGCCACUCCCACCUGUUGUUCUCAAGGGGCCCUACCUAGAUGUACUACCCGAUACUCUGCAGAGUGAUCCCGAGGUGAAGAAAGUUGUCCAGUCUUACUCCAUAGUUGAGAAGGAUUGUGUAAAGGAGUUCCUGAGUAUCUACUCAGGAACUUCUGUACACAAUCCUUCUCAGCUAUGGAAGUUGCAGAGAGCUGAGAGAGACGUCAUCAAAUACACCCAGCGUCCGUCGUUCCGUAACGAGAUUGCUGUACUUGAGGCUCAUGCAGAUGACAACAGAAGGACCACCAAGAAGAGUAAGAAAGUUCCGAAAGCGCUCCACAAAUUGAGCCCCAUCUUGGUGGAUGGAAUUCUGCGUGUAGGUGGACACCUUGAGAAUGCGCCAAUCCAACUCGACAUCAAGCAUCCAAUUAUCCUGCCGAGCGAUCACCAGGUGACGAGGCUGCUGAUCGAACAUCAUCAUCUCAAGCUGAUGGGUGAGCUGCCAGCAGAAAGAGUCACUCCAGAGAAGCCCCCCUUUACAUACGUGGGCGUGGACUACUUCAGUCCACUUUACGUAAAACAAGGACGCAGCCAUGUCAAGAGAUACGUACGUGUCUUCACGUGUCUUACAAUGAGGGCCAUACAUAUAGAAAUUGCUCACUCACUCGACACAGACGCCUUCAUAAACGCUUUGCGGCGGUUCAUCAGCAGGAGAGGUACACCAGAAAAGAUCAGGAGUGACAAUGGUACCAACUUCACGGAUGGAGAGCGUGAGUUGCGGGAGAGUAUUGCAUCACUGAACGAGCAGAAGUUUGGAGACUAUCUUCAUCAACGAGGAAUUGAGUGGCAAUUCAACCCACCGACGGCAAGUCAACGGAGUCUGGGAGGGGAUGAUAUGUUAUCUGUUCGAAAGAUCCUCAAGAAUCUCCUUCAAGAACAGGUGGUAUGUGAUGAGGUGCUACUUACCUUGAUUGCUGAAGUGGAGGCUAUCUUAAACGCGAGACCGCUCACACAGCUCAGCUUGGACCCCCGUGACGAAGAGCCAUUGACUCCAGACUGA